AUGGUGUCGCCACGACGCCAUCGCGGCGCUGGAGUGCCAGGUGUUUUGAAUUCUUCAGCCUGUGAUAAACUCAAUUGUGCAAAGCUUUCAAACUUUUCUCUCCAAGACCUCAAAAAGGCCUUUAAAGGGAGACAGCAAAUGGUGUGGGUAUUUAUCAUGAACCGAAUGAAUUCCCAGAGCAGUGCCUUUACUCAACGAAGGCGAAUGGCCCUUGGAAUUGUUAUUCUCUUACUUGUGGAUGUGAUAUGGGUUGCUUCUUCAGAACUUACUUCAUAUGUUUUUACUCAGUACAAUAAACCAUUCUUCAGCACCUUUGCAAAGACAUCGAUGUUUGUUUUAUAUCUCUUGGGCUUUAUUAUUUGGAAGCCAUGGAGGCAACAGUGCACACGAGGAUUUCGUGGAAGACAUGCAGCUUUUUUUGCAGAUGCUGAAAGUUACUUUGCUGCUUGCACUACAGAUAAUACCAUGAAUAGUUCUUUGAGUGAACCUCUCUAUGUUCCUGUGAAAUUUCAUGACUUGGCAAAUGAAAAAUCUGAAAGUACAAAUGGUGAGAAUGAAAAAACACCCAAAAAAUCUCGUGUAAGAUUCAGUAAUAUUAUGGAGAUCCGACAACUUCCAUCAAGUCACGCACUGGAAGCCAAGUUGUCUCGAAUGUCAUAUCCUGCUGUGAAAGAGCAAGAAUCAAUCCUGAAAACUGUAGGGAAGCUUACUGCAACUCAAGUAGCAAAAAUUAGCUUUUUCUUUUGCUUUGUGUGGUUUUUGGCAAAUUUCUCAUAUCAGGAAGCACUUUCAGACACACAAGUUGCUAUAGUUAAUAUCUUGUCUUCAACUUCUGGGCUUUUUACUUUAAUCUUAGCUGCAGUGUUUCCAAGUAACAGUGGAGACAGAUUUACUCUUUCUAAACUGUUAGCUGUCAUUUUAUGCAUUGGAGGUGUUGUGCUGGUAAACCUUUCAGGGUCUGAGAAAUCUGCUGGAAAAGAUACAAUAGGUUCUAUUUGGUCUCUUAUUGGUGCCAUGCUCUAUGCUGUCUAUAUUGUUAUGAUUAAGAGAAAAGUAGACAGAGAAGAUAAGUUGGAUAUACCAAUGUUCUUUGGUUUUGUAGGCCUCUUUAAUCUGCUGCUGUUAUGGCCGGGCUUCUUUUUACUUCAUUAUACUGGAUUUGAGGCCUUUGAGUUUCCCAAUAAAUUAGUAUUAAUGUGCAUUGUUAUUAAUGGCCUAAUUGGAACAGUUCUCUCAGAGUUGCUGUGGUUAUGGGGCUGUUUUCUUACCUCAUCCUUGAUUGGCACACUUGCAUUAAGCCUUACAAUACCUCUGACCAUAAUAGCAGAUAUGUGUUUGCAAAAGGUGCAAUUUUCCUGGUUAUUUUUUGCAGGUGCCAUUCCUGUGUUUUUUUCAUUUUUCAUUGUAACUCUCCUAUGCCAUUAUAAUAAUUGGGAUCCAGUGAUGGUGGGAGUUAGAAGAAUUUUUGCCUUUAUCUGUAGAAAACAUCGAAUUCAGAGAGUCACAGAAGAUAGUGAACAGUGUGAGAGUCUUAUUCCUUUGCACAGUGUUUCUCAGGAGGAUGGAGCUAUUUGCUGUUCAUAAUAGCUUGAUGAUGAAGCACUAUACAGUGAAGAGACAAUCUCCGACAAGGAUAUAUAGAAAAAUAUUUCAGUGCCUACUCCAAAUUAAAAAUAAUAGUUUCA